UGAUAAAAAUAUAUAUUAUUUCACUCACUUCAGUUCCAGUGGGUUUGAGCCUCCUAGAAACCAUAGACUGUUAAUAUUAAUGUGUGUUAAUAAAGAAAAUCUAUGUCUAUGCUAGAAAGGAGUUUUAUUUUGAAACUCUUAAACGGAAGACAAUUUUCAAGUCGCCGCCAUAAACUGUUUAUUACUCAAUCACUUAUCGCUUUUCUCUUCAGGAAGGACAGUAACGUGACCGGAACCUGAGCCAGUAGUAUUGCAUCGCAGUAGUGCAGAUCCAGCCUCGCUCAUGACUGGGGACGCUCAGAUAGUCAUUAUAGGAUGCGGCAUAUCAGGCAUAGCCGCGGCGCACCGACUCGCUAACGCUGGGUUUCAUCAUGUGCGGAUACUUGAAGCGACUGCAAGAAGCGGAGGAAGAAUCAAAACCGGCAAAUUCGGUGAUAACAUCGUUGAGAUAGGAGCAAACUGGAUCCAUGGACCGUCUGAGGAGAACCCAGUGUUUUGUCUUGCCCGUCAGUACAGGCUGCUGGAUCCAGAGGCCCUCACCCCAGAGAACCAGGCCAUGGACGUCGGAGGACACCCCCCCUGGGUUCCAAACGUUUUCAGCAGUUCAGGUCGGAAGCUGAACGCUGAGGACAUCUAUCCUGCUCAGGAGAUGUUUGCUGAGCUGAUGGAUAAGAGUUCAGAAUUUGAGAGUCAAGGAGGAGAACCCUGGGCUUGUGUGGGAGAUUUCAUACGGUCGGAGGCUAAACGACGAGCAGCAGAGGAGUGGAAAGAUAUUGAUGCAACCACCAGAUCUCUGCGACUGUGUGUGAUCAGUAACAUGUUGAAGGUGGAGUGCUGUGUUAAUGGCUCUCACAGCAUGGAUGAGGUGGGCCUGGGGGCAUAUGGCUUAUACAAGACUCUACCUGGACUGGACUGUACAUUCCCAGGUGGCUAUGAAGGUCUAAUCAAAAACUUGAUGUCGGAGCUUCCCAGUGGUUUAGUGACCUACAAUCAGGCUGUUCGCUGUGUCCACUGGAACAACACAGAGAAGAGAGAAAACCCUGUGACGAUUGAGUGUGAUGAUGGGGAGAAGAUUGCUUGUGAUCAUGUUAUUGUCACAGUACCUCUAGGAUACCUAAAGAAGCACCAUUUAGCACUGUUUCGUCCCCCUCUCCCUCUUCACAAGCUGCACUCCAUCCAGCGACUAGGUUUUGGAACAAACAAUAAAAUAUUUGUGGAGUUUGAUUCACCCUGGUGGGAUGCUGACUGUGAGAUAAUCCAUCUUGUGUGGGAAGAUGAGGAUCUCAUGGUGGACCACGUACCAGAUAUACAGAGAUCCUGGAUAAAGAAGUUGUUUGGCUUCACUGUGCUGAAACCCACCGAAAGGUAUGGCCAUGUUUUGUGUGGCUGGAUUGCUGGGCAUGAGUCAGAGUAUAUGGAGACACUGUCUGAACAAGAGGUCACACACACCAUCACACAACUCAUCCACAGAUUUACGGGAAACCCUACCAUCACCCCUAGGCGAGUCCUGCGCUCCCAGUGGUUUCAUGACCCCUGGACAUGCGGAUCGUACAGUUACCCAGGAAUAGGCUGUUCAGCACAGGACCUGGACAACAUGAUGGAGCCCAUGCCUACAAAGGGAUCACAGUCACAACCCCUGCAGGUGUUGUUUGCUGGAGAAGCUACUCAUCCCUGCUACUACUCCACCGUCCAUGGUGCUGUUCUCACUGGGUGGAGAGAAGCUGACAGACUCAUCUCUCACUACUCUUCCAUCAGUCCGUCGGAGGCACCCAAGUCCAAGCUUUAAAAGAGCAACGUUGCUUUGACAGAGAUGUAUCAUAUGUCAUAUGCUUAAAUCUGCAACUUCUUCAAGCUGUGAUCUCAGAGUUUAUUUGGAGGAUUAUGUGGGAGCCUACUUUUUUAUUUAAAUCAGUCACUUAAAGUGCUCAUAUUAUGCUUUUUCCCUUUCCUUUCUUGUGUUCUAUAUCUUUUGUGAUAUAUAUAUAUAUAUAUAUAUAUAUAUAUAUAUAUAUAUAGUGAAAAAGCCCAAAGUCCCCCCCCCCCCUAAAGGGACUUACCAUCUCCAACAGAAAACACUGUUCUCAAACUGAUCCAAACAGCUCUAUUGUAGUCCAGCCUUUACUUCCUUGAUGUCCGUGCAUAACAUGUUAUAAUGCUCGCCUAGCUGCUAGCGUGGCACGCCCUCAUUCGCCGCAACCGACUAGCUAGCAAUCCUUACCUAGCUACUGCCUAUGUGACACUACAUGUCCAACAAAUAUGGAACAGAAGUGUGAUGCCUCACUCUGUAGCUAGAAUAGAGAGCUUAACACAAAGGGUGAAAAGAGGAUCUGCAGAAAUGUGCAGUAACAAAAAUGUUAUGUUUUUUUUUUUUUUAACUAAACCACAUACACCUAUUCUGCUACAAUCUCUAAAUACAAUUAUUAUGAAUUAACAGCAUUGCAGUUGUAAGAAUUAGUGAUUUUGGACCUUCACAGUCCGGCAGUUUUCAUCUUUUCGCUUUGCUAACGUAUUGUUUGUGCAUUGACUGUAAUUAAUCUAUUGAUAAAUUAUACAUUUUACAAUAAAUUAUUUUAACUGGUC